AUGACUGCCACGGCUUCUGAAGACCAACUCUUUGUUCACCACCCUUCCGCACACACCAAAAUGCAAGUUCGCCGCGAGCGUGUGACGGCUCAUCCGUUGCAAUCUCGAGGAAACAGUCCGCUCGUUCCAGAUCAGAUUGUAGCGAGAAGAAAGCCACAAUCGCCAUGCGAAGAAGGAUCCAUGAGCAGCUACUCAUCCUUGACCACCAUCAAUACAGCAUCCCUGAUCCAAUCUGCGGCACGGUCCGUCUUGGACAGCGUGUAUACUCCUACUAGCACCAAUGUGAGCGACGAUGAGAAUGAUGAUGACGAGGGCCAUGCCAGCAUGAGAUCCCAAUAUGAGGCUCCAACAUUGGACUCGUUAAAACGAGAAGCCCUUCCGGCGUUGCCAGGCGAAGAUGAUCGAAAGCGAUUUGUAGGUUGCCUCGCAGCGGUAUUGGCAUCCUGUCAUGAUUAUGAUGUUGCCGAUGAAGAGGAUGAAAAACACGCCAAUAAAGCUGAAUCAUAUGCCUAUUUGAACCGCAGAGAACAAGAGCACGAUAGUGACGAGGCUGAAGAUGAGCUCGACGACAAUUAUCACCCAACGACACAAAAAGCUGCUGUGGACUCCAGCCUGGUAGAAGACGAUUUGGAUCCAUAUUCACUACCACACAACUGCACCACCAGCUUUGAGUAUGCAGAUGCUUCACAAUCGAUUGAUCUAUCCUUUUCAAUGCUAGAUCCUGAACAGCGAGAAAGCAAGAAGAGCCAAGCCAAGAAAGAGAAGAAUAUUAGAAAAAGCAUCCAGGCACGCAACCGACAUCGAAAGCGGAGGUAUGAUGUCCUUUCCAGCCUGUUGCUCUCUUCUGCAGAGCUGCUGUUACUAGAUAAAAGUCAAGCAAGAGCCUUUCUACCCAUGCUGGCACAAGUUUUAAUGCCACCGUCUGCCUCUCAAAAAGCAAGGGAGGAUGGACUGCGACAACAAUCCACACAACUGAACCAAAAGGAGAAUAUACAGCGGCAGCAACAACAAUGCCAAACCCCUGACCGCGGCGACGCAUCAACCGCAGUGGAAUCUUCCCCUGCCAAGGCCCUUUCCAAUAGCAAUAGCCCGUCCAGAAGUGUCGCUUCCUCGUUGGCAGCCAAGAAUGAUGAGGACAAGGGAAUCAACAGAUAUCAUUUCUCGCCAUCCAAAUCAAUACCAAUCAGCCGUCGGAUACCCCUCGCGAAAGAGGGGCAGGGAGAAUCCACCCAAGGAAACGACAGAGACGACAAAAAAGACAGCAUACCCGGCUACAUGGACGAGGAGGAUCACCUGCGGCCCUUCUUGGAAUCCCUAAGUCCAGGUGCUGGAUAUAGGUGUCUCUCAUUGCUGCUGCUACAGCAUCUACUCUGCAGCUCGGAAGGUUACGAUGCUAGAAUACGACACGUCAUCAAAAAGCUGGGAGUAAUUGUGCUGGUUCAUGACAUGGAGAUAGAACGUGAUCUGGAGAUGGAGAUGGCGAUGGAUCCACCAAAAUCUAACAACACAACACAGCCGAAGAAGACGUCUCGCCGGUCCAAACUGAAAUGCACUGAAGAAGACGUGGUGGCAGCAGCGACGCGCAAAUUUGAAGCGUUGGAGCAUUCUAUUGCUGUGAGAUUGAUUCGUCUCUCAAAAGAGCAGCAACGCGAACAGAACCAAGAAAACCCAAGCAAUCAAAACAAUCAGCAACGAAAGCGACGAUCACGAGAUGAUGCUUCUGCGUUGGCUCUCUCACGAGAGCAAUGGGUCCGAGGGCUCAAAAUCGGAUCCGCUGGUUUGGUCGCUGGCACCAUUUUUGCUGUUACCGGAGGAUUGGCGGCGCCAGGUAUUGCUGCGGGAGUGGCAGCCUUUGCGGGAUCCACCGCAGCGACGGCAGCAGUCGCAGCCUUGGUAUCCAGCACCCCCGCUGUGACAGCUAUCUUUGGGGUUGGGGGUGGGAGUCUUGCAGCCUACAAGAUGAAUAGAAGGACUCAAGGUUUGACUGAGUUUGAAUUCAGGCGACAAGAUAAGCUACUGGUGGACAGGGUGUACAAUAAGGAGGAGAAGGAAGAAGAGCAGGCGGAGUUGUUCUCAACUGUUUGCAUUUCGGGUUGGCUCCGUGACCAGCAUGACUUCCAAAGGCCGUGGGGUGUCGCCCCAUCCAAUCCACGAAUUAGAAAUCGCCUGGAGCUUCUAGAACGAUUCUAUUCUGUCUACAGGCCCGAUCACGUUGGGAAGUGCAAGAAAAUCCUAGCAAGCUGGAAAGGGGAAGAAACGAAGCUGUGGGAUCUUCUUCGCCAGAAAUACGGACGAGAUCCCGACCAUCUCUAUCCGAUCGCCUCCACGGAGUCUUCCGACUUUCAUCAGGGCUUGACACUGGAACAAGAAGAGGUUUUGACGGACCUAUUCGUUGAACUCGGUUACAUCGCAACAAACGACGGCGUUGAUACAGCAAACCCACCAAAAGAGACUGCAUUUGACCGCCUCAGGCGGCCAUUGGGAGGGCAAAAGCAGCAGGAUGGGUUUCGCAAGGGGCACUUUGAUUUCAAUGCCAAGCGCAACGUUUCUGCUCUAUUGGAUGAGGCCAUGCACGUUCCUGGCAUCUCACCGUGUCCCUCGUCGUCUGGUUUCGAAAGUGUUUCAUCCUCGCAUGUUGUGGCGGGGGCAUCCACAACCUCAAAGGACGAAGAUCGGGAGACAAAAGAGCUGUAUGUUCCGCCGAAGCACAUCAGCACCGUCUGGGAUUACCAUUCAAAGUAUGGGGGCGAACUCUACACUGUCAAGUGGGAGAGCGAGAUGAUGAUUGAGCUUUGUGAUAGCGUCGCAGACAUGGCGUUUGAUCUAAUAAAUGGAGCCACGGCACAAUUGUUGCGUCAGACGGCUCUACAUACGCUUCUCUCAGCAGUGGCUUUGCCGUAUGCUAUGGUCAACGCCGCCAACCUGAUUGAUGGUACUUGGACUCUAGCAGUUGAACGAGCUGACGAAGCGGGGAAAGAGUUGGCUAGGAGUCUGCUCUACAGCCGAGCCGGGCAUCGACCAGUCACUUUGGUGGGGUUCUCCUUUGGUGCCCGUGCAAUCUAUUCUUGUCUGAAAGAGCUUGCCAGAUAUCAGGAGAAAUGGGAGACUUCUCGGGAGAACAGCAGAAACAACAAAACGGGCGGGGGUGACGGUGCUACAGGCGACAAAAAGGACCAGUAUUCGUGGACUUCGCGGGAGCCGGCAUCUAUUGUGGAGGAUGUCAUUGUGAUGGGUUUGCCCAACCACUUGAGUCUGAGCUCAUGGCGAGCCUGCCGCCAGAUUGUUGGAGGGCGGAUUGUGAACUGCUAUUCACGCAAGGACUUGAUUCUAUCGUUGAUGUUUCAGCUCAAGCGUCUUGCUGGGGGGUUAAGACCUGUUUGUGGGACCUGUCCAGUAAACGUACCGGGGAUUGAAAACGUUGACGUGAGCGAUCUCAUCACUAGUCAUCAGGAUUACUGUAUGGUGGCGGGAGAAGUUUUGAAGCGAGUCCGGCACGGACAACCGUUCCGCUCUGCUGCACCUAAGAGGGUCGACACUUCGGAACUUGCCCUGCUGGGGUCAUGA